AUCACACUUGCUCCUCCUGCUCAGACGUUGAGUUUCAUUUCUGUGGAAGAGUACCUCCAUUAGUUGCUUCACUGACGUAGGCGUAAAGGCAGGUUUUGGCAUCAGUGCACACUAUGGGCUUAUUAACAUUUGCAGCAGCAGCAGCAGGAGCAGCUGGAGCCAUUGCAGUAACUCCAGCUGUGAUAGCCGCAAUGGGAUUCACUGCGGGUGGAAUAGCAGCAGGGUCCGUGGCCGCCUCAAUGAUGUCCUCCGCGGCUGUGGCUAAUGGUGGAGGGGUGGCAGCUGGCAGUAUUGUUGCCAUCCUGCAGUCUAUUGGGGCAGCCGGGUUGUCUACCACUGGGACAGCAGCCGUGGCAUCUGCAGGAACUGCUAUCGGCACAGCCAUCGGGUUGUUGCUGUAACAAUAUCCUCCUCUGAUCAGCUCUGUUUUCAACAACAUGCUCAGAAGAAAUUUGAAGUUGAGAAAAUGCACUAAUACACUAUCUGCCUUAAUCUUAAAAAGCUUACUGAAGUUAGCUUUCAUCUACAUGAAGGAAAAAGUACUCUGUUGCACAGAACGCUUGCUUCACAAAUAAAAUGUUCAUGGCUAUAAAA